GAUGGAGGCAGGAGGAGGUUUAACUCUGGAUGCAGGGAUGGGAACAAGAUUCAACAAACUGACAUUUACUGUCACUUAGUUGAAGAGUUUUGUCGAUUUAAUUUAAUUUGUCUGGCAUCAGUCGACACUUCUGGAGUUAAUGCAACUUCUUUAUUCAUCUGUGUUCAAAGGAAACAGUGUUUUUAACCCUCCACUCUCAGAGGAGCAGGCUGGUUCCAGUCUGGAUAUUCUCUCCUGAGACCUGAGCCUUGAUUUUUAAUUCCUCCUGUUUAUUUCAACGCCUGAACAAUGCAGCACGUCUAAAAGCCUCAUGAUUGUUCAGCAGUGUCACGGCUGUCGACCAGCAGCUCUCACUCUGUUUGUCUCUCAGUGAGAAAAUCUUUCAAAGUUCCAACCUUUAACUUUUGUCGACAGCAGACUGCAGAGAAAAGUGUCGGCUAACGAGGACGACAGGUGUUAGUUUGGUAAAAUGAAGAACAAGAAAGAUUUGUCAGAAAUAACCUUUUUAAAUCUAAAGGAACAGUUUUAUUUUUAUGAAUGUGACCAGAUUUAUUUUUUUAGUUCACUGUGUGGCUGCAGUUUUUUUUCCCCACGUUGCACCUGUUUCUGAACACAUGGAGGUCUGUGCGUCUGUUUUCCUCGUUUUGAAUCAUGGGACUCGUUGCCAAUGCAAAGUGAUUUGGAAAGGAGCUGAAGAGCAGUAAAACCAUGCGGCUGGGCAGUGCUCCAUAGCCUCCCCUGUCCCUCGCCUCCCACCUGAUCACCUCUCCUCCUCUUCCUCCAUCUCUCCUCUUCCUUCCCCUCUCUCUCCUCCCGUUCGCCAUGACGACCACCCUGGAGACGCUGCUGGCCCAGCCCGACCAGGAGCUGAGCCCUGAGCGGCUGGACGGCUGCGGGGACUCUGGCGGCCGGUACAAGGUGGUUCCCUCUGUCGUCUGCUCGAUGUGCUGCCUUUUCGGCAUCAUUUACUGCUUCUUUGGCUACCGCUGCUUCAAGGCGGUGAUGUUCCUGACGGGCCUGAUGUUCGGCUCCGUCGUCAUCUUCAUGCUCUGCUACAAGGAGCGCGUGCUGGACACCCAGCUGAGCGUGGAGGCCUCGGUGGGCAUCGGCCUGGGCAUCGGCACGCUCUGCGGCCUGGUCACCAUGCUGGUUCGCAGCGUGGGCCUCUUCAUGGUGGGCCUGCUGCUGGGCCUGCUGGUAGCCGUGGCCACCCUGGUUGGCAUGGAGGAGCUUUCCGACAGCCCGCCGCGCUCCGUCUGGGUGCCCCUUGGCGUGCUGCUUGGCCUGGGCAUGCUGUUCGCCGUGCUCACGCUGCAGUGGCAGCGUCUCUUUACCACGCUGUCCACAGCAGUGUUCGGUGCAGCGGUGAUCACGGUGGCUUUGGACUACUUCGUAGAGCUCUUCGCCCUCGUGUUGUACAUGUACGAGCGCAUGAAAGCGGCGCCUGGCAAGCCCGUGUGUUGGCUGACGUGGGUGGUGCUCGGGGUGUGGCCUGCCCUCACCCUGCUGGGUGUCAUCGUCCAGUGGAAGGUGACUGCUGAGGGAUACUCCCAUACCAAGGUGAUCAUCAGCCGGCAGCAGAGGAGGAUGCAGGUGAUGCGGAUCCGUCAGCGGGACGACCGCUACCGCAACAAGAAGAAGAAGAAGCAGCAGCACGGCUCCUCCUCCCACCACCACCACCAGGCCAAGCAACUCCACCCAGAGCCUGCCUACCGCCGCAAACCCAACCCCAUCCGCCGCUACGACACGGACGUCCUCUCACCGAGCUACAUCCAGAGUUUCCGAGACCGGCAGGUGCAGGCGCAGCCCUUCCCGGGACGGCUGGUUGGCGGACCCCACGCCGUGGUGGAUGUGGGCUACGACUGCGGCUCCACGGCGCCCCUCACCGGAGCAGCGGGACCUUCGCUACGGGUCUGAUUGCUUCUCCACCUCCCAGAGGCCUGAACACACCACGAAGCAGGGAGUUACAUGACUCUACAAUCACUACCCCACCUGGGUGUAACCACACCUGUGCUAGAACAAAACACCGCCAGGUUCAAAUGCAAAGAGUCUGGGUUUAAAUCUGGGUUUAGCCACACCCCUAAGAGGAUUAGAAUAUGUUUAGGGCUGGAUUUACCCAAAAUGCAACAUGUUUAACCCUUUAUUAAUUAUAAAUUUAGAUGAUAAAGCUCCACUCUCCUCGUCCUGCUGGAGCAUCAGUGUGGUGCAGAGGUUUGGUUUGACCUCUUUUCACUGAUUUAAAUGCACAAACACAUGCAUGCACUUACACACACACAAAAACACACACACACACACUGCAGCUACAAUCGCAAGGGUUUGACGUGGAAACCCGAAGCAGGCUGCUGUACCCAGCCCCGACCUGUCUUUCACCAUCUCAACUCAAAACAGAUCAGGGAUUGGACUUCCAGUGCAAACCCGCCUCAGGUUAACAAAAACAGGCAUCGUAUGAAAAAUCUAAACACCACUUUGCCCUCAUUCAGCGUGCUGUUUCUACUGCUGCCGUCGUUUUUCAGCCGGUGCUGCAGAAGCAACCAGAUCCUCAGCCUGGAGGACUCUUAACAAGCCCAACGAAGAUCAACUACAAAGGGAAGUAAAGGCCCUUAAAUGCAACCUGGGAUCCUUUAUUCGCUCUCUGUGCCAUCUGGACAACAAAAAUCCUCUUUGAAAUGUCUUCAGUGUCGUUUUUAAAGAGGGGAAAACCCUUCGUCACCCUUGGUGCUGGACGAUACACUACUUCAAGCGUCAGACUUGUCUCACGAAGGCUGGGGAAUCUGUUUAAAUGGGUGCCUUGCCCCUCCUGGGACUGAACCAGGCAGCAACAGGAGGAGGGUUACUGGCAGAUCUCCCAUCGAUGGCUUGUUUUUGCAUUAAAUGUGAUCACAGAAGGAUUUUUUUUAGUCGGGGGGGGGGGGGGAGUAGCCAUGGAGCUACAACAAGCAGGGUAGAAAAAACUGGAGUGGAGUUGGCUUGUUGUCUUCACAGAUGCCUGGAUGUAAGAGGAGGAUUUGCAAUUAGCUGACAGCAAGAAAGCCAUAUUUACACUGGCACCUCAUGAGAUUUGACUUAAUACGUGUGGGAAAAGACUGUGAGGAGUGUGUGUGUGCUGCGAAGCAGAGUAGAAGUAAUAAUUUCAUUGCAUAUGUUUCACUCUUUCACUCUCCAUCUGUCUCUGUGGAAGAGUCUCAGUCUGAAGUUCCAUGUGCUCCGGCAGAGCACGAGCCUCUUGCUGUUUAGUGCCAUAAAACAAUCCAGCAGAUUUUGAGAGGAAAUUAGUGGAUGAAAAUUUAAUUAAGAAUUAAAAUUUAAUUUGUACUGGGGGUGAAUUUGAUUGGUGCAGCAUCUGAUUAUAUAAUCCCAUCUCAUGUUAAUUAAGAUGCUAAAUGUAGGUGUUUUAGUCGUCAAAAAUGAACUGAAAUCAUCAGCAGAAUGUGAAAGAAAUAACAGUUUAAUAACACACUUUUUGUCACAGACGUAUUGUGAGAUUGUAAGAAAAUGUUCGGUGGCAAACAAAAAAGAUUCAAAAAGUCUUCUGGCUACGUAGCAACAGCAAAAACUUAAAAUAAGAAUAAAAAUAAAAACCUAAAACUCAAGAUGUUUUAAUCAUUUUCUGCUGUAAAGCAAUAAAGCAAAUUUCCCGCCUAAAUGUGACCUUGUUCAAAGAGAGGUGUGUGAACAGAUGAAACCAGACUGAGGUGUCGGUGUAAAUAAGGCUCAGAGAGUCUUAACUGAGAACACUGGACUAGUGGCCAUACCAACUUGUACUUAGACCAACAGCUCCUCCCAUCAUGUGCAUUGAUUUUCUUUACUUUUAGUCAGCAGUGAAAAUGUGAAUACUUUGUUAUCGUCUUUACCUUUUUAAAGGAAAAGCAGACGGUGUGUGUGGGAGGGAGGGAGAGAGGGAGGGAGGGGGGGAUGUACGGUACAUUUUUAUUUUUCUGUGGGAAACUGAAAUGCAUGAUCUCACCCCCACCACCAACCCUCGCCGACCCCGCCCUGCGUGGCUUCGUUCUGGCUCCCACCAAAACACCCUCCACCCCUUCAUGUGCAUCGAUGUGAAACUUGUACAUAAAACACAGCACUUACUAACUUUUAUUUCUGUUGUUAUUUUCACCUUUUUAUCUUUUCAUUUAAACUGUUUCUUUUUCUUUUUCUUAGGAGUCGGAUUAAAUCGAGACACAUUCUUUUCCAGUGGGAUGUAUUUAUUUGCUGAUUUAUUUAUUUCUGUAAAGGAGAGUGCAGUGUCAUCACUGUAGGCCAGUAACUCCAUGCUUUUUUUAAAACUGAAUUAUGACUAUGAUUAUUAAAGCAUGUGUUCCUAUGGGCCUGUA